AAUGUUGACGAUACUCUGUUUUAAAACAACAAAAUAUGGAGUUCUUAAUUCUAAAUUUGUUUCUACUGGCGAUUUUCUGCCAAUUGAAUAGCGUGGUAGGAGGAUCCCGUCACGAUGACCCUUACGAUAAAAGCGGAGAGGACCCGAAUGAUCUCGCCGAUCACUGCAUACAUAUUCGGAAGGAUCACACAACCCGGCUAACGGACUAUCUGAUAUGUCCGUUCGGUUGCUGUGGAUCACUUGACGACCAGAAAUGCUGUGAUGAUCCCGAAAAAGAGAAACACGAAGAGGAAGGAAACAAGCAUCUGGUCCGUGGAUUGCUGAUAUUUGCUGCUGUGAUGCUGAUUGUCGCAUUGUCCUGUUGUGUGUUUGGUGUGUACAAACACAAGAAAGCUAAGUUGAGAAGGACGUCUCCAGAAAAGAUAUAUGCGGCACAGACACCAGUACAGAGAACUUCCCCUAACACUAGGCCUAUCGUCUACUACACGGCAAAAAGUGGAAUGAAACUCGACAACGACGAAACGAAGAAGACACGCCCUGAACGCAACACCCAACCAGAGACAAGUGCAGCAAUUCCACCCACUCAUGAUACAACUGCGCCGCCGAAGUAUUCAGAGAAUGCCUCCGCAGACUCGAACCUUCCGCCGUACUUGGGCCACACACCGCCUCCUCCGUACUCGUUUGGCAAACCACCAGUGGCACCAAACUCGACUAAUUUCCCUUGAGAAUCUGAAGAAAAAACUGUUUUUUAUUUUUAUAUUUUUUUCAUCUGGUACUUUUUGAAAACGAAUACAAAACGUCAUACAAUGGUGAAAUAAUUGAAAUAGCCACCAUGCAUUUACCUCGCCUUCAUACUGCUGAAUUUUGUAAUUUUGUGUGAUAUUUUCAGCUGUCUUUUGUGAGACUGUGGUGUUAAGAUAUCAAAUUUAUUUCAACUAUAAGCAGCCAAUCGUAUUGAGCCUUAUUAGUAAUUAGACUGACCACGUGUACGUACUAGCCUGUUUAAUAGACAAAUUAUUAUUCCAAUUUGUACCAAUAGAAUUAGUUUUAGAAAAUAACUAGUGGUCUUAGAAUGUAAACAACAACAACAACAAAUAGUGAUAAAAGUACAUGUAUGUAAGUAUGUUUUUUUUUCCACAAUGACAUUCACGGCAAACGGCGAGCGUUUCCGUAACAAACAAUUAGAUAUAUUGUUAUUAAUUUUAGUACUAAUGUUAUUUAUACUAUCAAUUAUUUGUUGAUUGUGCAUUUCAUAUAUUAUAUACUCGGUUGCUGGCGACUAUAUGUAGGAAUUUCA